AGUUUAAACGAAAGCAUCAUUCUCUACGCUCUUCCCGCUAGUUCCGCCCCGUUUGCAGCAGUUACGCGUGCGCAGUUAACUAAGCGGCCCUCGGAACGUGCCAAGCCAGCCUUGAUGGCUAAACGCAGAGCGGAGGCGGUGGCCUGUCGCGCGCCCUACCAGCACUACCUUCUGCACGCGCCUCCUUCGAAGCGCUCGCGGAGCGAUCUCGAACGGCGGGAUUCGCGAGGCUCAGUGUUCUGGCGUGGCAGCAGCGGCGAGAAGAAGCGCAAAUGGAUGGGGGCGGAGGAAGGCGACGAGGCGGGGGUCAGCGGGAAGAGGCCCGUGGGGCUGAAAGAGCGCUGGUCUCCGAAGGAGUGGGGGCCCGUCCCCGCGGAAGGAACGACGCGGCGGGAGCCAGAGCAACGGCUUCUGCUGCUCGCUGGAAUGGCAACCGAAGCGGCGGCCCUAGCGGGAGGAGAUGCAACGGGCAGUCGGGGACAGCCCGAGGAGCAUGAAGAUGAUGUUUGGCACUACAACUCUUUCCAGUUCUGGAAGUUACCAUUACCUACCAUUGAUCUAUCUGAUAUUCAGGAAUUAGAAAAAGGCGCCAUAACAGAAACAAGAUCCUCCAGCAGCACAGCACUAUCAGAAAUGGAAACCUGAAAAGUAAUCUAUUGGUAUAGAUUGUGGAGUGUGGUCUCUGUUUUGUAUUAUUGUUGCUUGAAAAUGUAAGCAGACUUGAUAUUAUGAAGGUAUAAAAUAUAAUUUGAAGAAAGGAUAACUUCUCCUAAAUUCUUCUAAAAUGAGGGAGUCAUAUACUAUAGAAUUCAUCAAAGACUGUCUAGAGAAGCUGACAGUGUAUAGAACAAGCAGAAUGUGAAAUUUAGAGGAUUAAAGGAGUUUACAAGAACUGAUAUAUAUGAACCAAAUGGGUUUAGAUCAUUGCCAGUGUAAAUGAAAAGUGUGCAGAGUUCUAAAAAAGGGUGUGUGCUACUACGCUGCCAUGGAAAAGAGUACUAGUUAUAUCUGUAUUUUCAUUAUGGCUAGAAGAUUAACAGCAAAAUAAAAUCCCAGGUCUCUGCAAAACUGAAAUUACUGUGGCCAACACUUUCUUCCAAGAAUUUCCAUAGUAAUAACUUUUAUUGUUGAGUGUAAUUUAAAUCAGUUAUUUUGAUUAUAACUGGUUAAUUGGUUAGUAAUGUUAAGAACUUCUGGCAAUUUGCAGCUGAAUAGAAGAAUCAUGAUGGGUAAUAACAGGAAACCUACACAUAUUUUUCUGGACCAACUGAUGGAAGUUCUGGACAUUCUUACAGAAAGUGGCUUGGCAGUUUAGCGAAACUGAUUCAGGAGGGAGGUUGCAGUCAGCUUGGAACAUCUUGGUUGUUUCAGAUUUGGGCUGAAACAAAUCUAGACGAGUCUUACAGGAUGAAUAGAGUAAAGCUGGUACACUUUGACCCUCUUUCUCCACCUUGUCCAUGUGGUUUGUGCCCCCAUUGCUCCUCUAAUCUUUCCAUUGUCUACCCCACCUACACCAUGUUCAAAUUCAAGUCAGCAUACCCAGUUAGCCCAUUACCCCAGUCCUCCUGUGCUUUCUCUUGAGUCACCACUUCCAUGCAUAUUCAACUAGUCCACUCCUCCCCAUCCUCUUGUGCUUAUCUUCCUCUGUUACUUUCCUUUAGCUGCUGUCACCCCAACUGCCCAUGCCCAAGUAGCCUGCCUGCCUUCACCACCUCAUACUUUCUGUUAGCUGCACACUGCCAUCAGUGGCUUCCAAAUCACUCAUCCUGCCUCCCCACCAAUCUUCCCAUGCCUUCCUUGUCUUUAUCUUCCUUUAAUUUCUGCUAUGUAGCACUACCUCUUAUGAUCUUUCCCCUUUCUCACCCUCCCACUCUGGAACACUUCUAUCUAGAACGUGUGUUCUGUAUUCAGACCAAACACUGAUUCCAGGUCUGUACCCAGGCCAAACAUAGGAGUUUCAGUCUGACAUACUAUAGACUAUUCAGAACUGCCUGUUCCAUGCACUGAAUAUUUUGCACAUCUGUACUGUAUGGUUAAAAACUUGCAUAUUAUAAAAGUUUGAUUCUUUUUUAAAUACUGACUUUGGUGUCACUUUACUAAUGAUGGUUGCUUGAAACCAUAGAACUCUUCAGUAGAUUUCUGACAAUUAUUAGUUUUUACUCAGAUUGCAGGGUUUUUUUUAAUAAUAUACCAUAACUUGGGCAUAUUGAAUAAAGGCAUUUUUCAUUGUCUAAUAAAAUUUCUAUCAACUUCUUAAAAUAAUGAAGAAAUUACUGUUUAUACAAUGAACUAAUUCACGUAAAUGAUUUCUUAUUUUAAUAAUGGUAUUUUCACUGUAUACCUGGAUGCUAUGUCAGUAAACAAUCUGCUUUGUCAGUAAACAAG